UAGUAGGUAGGUUCUAAAAAAAUGUUGCAUAAUCUACAAAUUAGAUGUAGAUGCGCCGAAUCAGUACUAAAAAUGAGAUCAUGUUCCAUAUAAAUAUGUCUUGGGACCUAAUCAUUAACUAAAAAUACCCAUCUGACACACAGAUAUAAAUAUGAAAUAUGAACAUGACAUGAGACACUAGGAGAAAUGAGUUACAAUCCAGAAGGGGUGUACGUAAUUGUUUUAGUGCUAGUACUGUCUCUAGCAUUGUAUCUUUUAAAAGUGUGCUUUAACGGCUGUGAUACUGGAACACAAGGUUCUAGUACACGAAAGAAGCAACGGUAUCGAACAAAUUAUACACCAAACAACGUUCGAUACUAUAGGAGUAACAACGAUGGUUAUUAUAAUAACCGUUAUGAUGUUGAAAGUGGUUUUUUCAAUCACAAUCACCCUUAUAGAGGAACAACUACUAACGUUUAUAACACCAGAAGCUUUGAAAUAAAUGACAACAAUGAACCGGUGUAUUCUGAAGACAAUGUUCAUGUUGACUCGGGUAUAGCUGCAGGCUUAUCUGCUGCUAUUGCAGAGUCAAUGUCAUUUUUUUCUACAGGAAAUGAUACGGGUACGACAGACAAUACCGGUGGUGAUUACGAUUCAGGCGGUGGUGAUUACGAUUCAGGCGGUGGUGAUUACGAUUCAGGCGGUGGUAAUUACGAUUCAGGCGGUGGUGAUUACGAUUCAGGCGGUGGUGUGGUCGAUUCAGGCGGUGGUGAUGAUAAAUCAGACGAUUUUGUGGUCGAGUCGGGCGGUGAUGCAGUCGAUACAGGCGACGAUACGUGUGAAGUUGGCGGUGACGCGGUCGAUGAUAAUGGGGGGGACUUUGACUAAAAUAAAAAGUGUAACUUACAACAGUGUAAACACAUUACUUACAAAUAAUUUAUACAGAAUGAAUUACAAUUUUACGCAAUAUAAACAAUACUAUAUAUGUCAGAUGUAAACGUACCUUAAGAUUGAUAUUUAAUUGAAAUUUAUCAGUUAUUUUAUACCUCUGAAGGGUGAAGGUAAAAAACAGGGAAUGUCACACUUUAUAAGAAAUUCAGAUAGUUACACUAUCUAACAGAUAUUUUAUGUAAUUACUAUUUACAGUAAACUGGUAGAUAAUAACUUGGACCGUCCGAUAAAUAUGCCGAUUUAAAAUAGUACUGCGAAGGAUAAAAACUGGAAAUGUCCACGCGUGAAAGAUAAGAACAAAGAGAGUUCACUUGAACAAAAACAAAAAUUAACUACGUUUUUAAUUCGAGUUUAAUCGUUUAGUUUCCUUGUUUAUGUUUGUUAGAAAUUUCUUCUUUUUCUUAGGGUGCCUGUCCGUUCCGAACGUUGGCGAUCAUUCUGGCUAUGAUGACUUUGUUGGUUGCUAUACAGAAUAGUUGUGCAAGCCAGGAUAUUCUUUUUCGUCCUGGGGCCUUUUUUCUUAAAUUUUACCUUGUAAAAUGCAUUGGAGUAGCUCGUAUCUGCCUUGAUCUGCGGUUGUGUUCAUCCUCCGUAUCCGUAGUACUUCUUCAUUGGGGACUUUGACUGUCAAUGGUAUCUUCAGGAUCCUUCUGUACAACCAUAGUUCAGAAGCCUGAAGUGUUAGAAACGGCACGGUCAAUAAAGUUAGAGUUAAGCGUAAUGGAGUUUCCCACGAAAUUAAUGUGUGCAUUAAAGCAAUUAUGUCAAUAGAUGGUGUAGCGAAGGGCAAAAUUGAACAUCUACAAAAACAUUUAAAAGCUACAGGAACUUCUGGAGAAGACAAACGUGGUAAGCAUAGUUCCCAGCAUAGAAAGUUGCAUCCAGAAUCGGGUGAAGCAAUAUAUAACCACAUAAAGUCUUUUACAACUAGAUCAUCCCAUUACAGUUUAUAAGAAUCUAAGAAAAAGUAUUUACCAGAGAGUUUUAACAUUACAAAAAUGUUCAGCUUGUUCAAAGAUUAACAUCCGACCAUUAAAGUUUCUUACGUUAUAUAUCGGCAAAUUUUUAACACGAAAUUUAAUUUGCCCUUUAGUUAUUCAAGAUCAGACACAUGUUCAGCACGUGAUCAAUUCUAGGCGAAAUUAGAAUUAUUAAAUUAUGACAAGGAUGCUAUAGAAAUUCUUAAAUUAACAAUUCAAAAUGAGUUACGCAAACGUAAGGCACAGACAUUCUAUGAUUUUAAAAAGGCUGCAAAAUGUCUAAAAUAUCAGCCGACUAUGUAGCCAUUGUAUUAGACUAGGGAAAAAAUAUUGCAUUGCCUUUUGUUAUACUUUUUAUUGCAAUUUUUGUUGCCAUCAUUUUGUUUUCAGCCUUUCUAUCAGCUGGUGCAACUAAUGUAUGUAACGUAAAAUAAUAAUGUAAUGUAAAAUACAACGUGAUGUUUGGACAGUCCUUGUUUUGUCAGUUUUUAUUUGUAGUUCGGCACUUUUUUAAUUUUUUUAUCUCUGUACUUUAAACAUUCCUUGUUUUUUUCCUUAACCCUUCAUUUGUAAAAUAUGUAACUUAAUUUUAAAUGAAAAGUAAACAAGCACUGUUCCAUU